AUGUCGCAGAUCUUGCUGGCGAAGGAAGGCACAGAAACGAAACCCAUCUAUGAACGCAAAAAUUCUCUGCCAGAGAAGUCGGUGCAGAAGGAAGGGUCCGCACUAGAACACCGACAGAAACGCAAAGAUUCUGUGCCACGGAAGCUGGUAAACAAGGAAGGGAGGCCAGAAAUAGAAACUAGAUAUAAACGCAAGGAUUCUGUGCCGGAGAAGUUGAUGAACAAAGGAGGGUCCGCGCGUGAACACAGACAAAAACGUAUAGCUUCUAUGCCACAGAAGCUGGUGAAGAAAGAAGGAUCAGCGGCAGAACCCAUGCAGGAACGAAAAGAUGCUAUGCCACAGAAGCUGGUGAACAAAGAAGGGUCCGCGCUAGAACACAGGCAGGAACGUAUAGAUUCUAUGCCACAGACGUUGAUGAAGAAGGAAGGGUCCGCGCUAGAAGUCAGGCAGAAACGCAAAGAUUCUGUUCCACGGAAGCUGGCAAACAAGGAAGGGUGGCCAGAAAUAGAAACUAGAUAUAAACGCAAAGAUUCUGUGCCAGAAAAGUUAAUCAACCAAGACGAGUUUGAACGCAGACAGCAAGGUAUAGAUUCUACGCCACAGAAGCUGGUAAAGAAAGAAGGGUGGUCCGAAAUAGAAACUCGCUAUAAACGUAUAGAUUCUAUGUCACAAAAGCUGGUGAACAAAGAAGGGUCCGCACUAGAACACAGACAGGAACAUAUCGAUUCUAUGUCACAAAAGCUGAUGAACAAAGAAUGGUCGGAUCGGGAACCCAGCCAGUUAUCCAGCACUCAUAAAGCAGAUCAGCAGAGACUGAAGGAGGAGCUGUAUGCUGGACAUAACUUGGGGUGUCUGCCUGCAGUUAGCUCUAACAUCGUGCGCGUGUUUCUCAGCUCAACCUUUACAGAUACACAAGUGGAGAGGAAUGCACUCAUGGAAACAGUAUAUCCUCGGCUAAAGCAGUAUUGUCGGGAGACCCACGGUCUUGAGUUCCAGGUGAUCGACAUGCGCUGGGGAAUCAGAGACGAGGCAACCGAUGAUCACAUGACCACCGAGAUCUGCAUGAAGGCGAUACAGACUUGCCGACAGCUUUCCCUCGGUCCAAACUUCGUGGUAUUGUUGGGGCACAAAUAUGGCUACCGGCCGCUGCCGCGUACGAUACCGGCCGAUAAGUUUGAGGUGAUGCGCGCAGCCCUGGUGGAGCAGCAGCGCUAUGACGUCAAACUUCUGGACACCUGGUACAAGCUCGACACCAAUGCUGCUCCUCCCGUCUACGUUCUGCAGACGAUCAGUUCUAUCAUUCCCAGCUUUAGCCACAAGCGCCAACAGGCGGCGCAGCUAGCGGCGCAGCGCUCCUGGUGGGACGUGAGUCAGAAGCUGCAGACGAUGCUGCGACGAGCGGCCCACGCCUGCUUCAGCAAGUACGGCAUGAGUGGGGAGGGGGAGAAGGAGAAGGAGCAAAAGGAGAAGGCGAAAAAAGUCACAGAUGAAGGGGCACUGGAAACGAAUGUUACAGAAGAUGGGGCCCAAGGGAGAAAAGGCACAGAAGAUGGGGUCCAAAGGAGAAAAGGCACAGAAGAUGGGGUUCAAGGGAGAAAGGUCAGAGAAGAUGUUACAGAAGAAGCCACGACGAAGUAUAUACCAGUAGGCGAGGCCCGGAGAAAGAAAAUCAAGAGAAAAGAGACCGGGGAGGAGCCACGAGAACGGAAGGUCCAACAGAAGGACGCCGCGGAACAGGAGGCAACUGAAGCCGGUGUCACGGGAAAGGAGACACCGAAGGAGACGACCGAAGAGAAGGAGGAAGCCGCACGGGAGGCAGUCGCCGAAGAAGAGGAAACGCCGGAGGAGCUGGCCGCUCUCUGCUCGCUCUUCCGCGAGCUACUCUCUCGCGCCACGCGUCGGCGACCACUGGUCAUCUUCCUCGACGCCCUUGACCAGCUGUCGGCUGCCGACGGGGCACACGCUCUCGGCUGGAUCCCCGUCAGUCUCCCCGCGCAUGUGCGCAUCGUGCUGACGGUCGGCGAACGCGACGUACUCGACGCGCUGCGUUACCACAUCGACGACGACGACGGCGACGGUGGCGGCGCGCCGCGGAACUUCCUCGAAGUGCGCGAGCUGGGCGCGGAGCUCGCGAUGCGCCUACUGCAGACGUGGCUCCAUCUACAGGAGAGAAAGAUCACGAACGAGCAGGCGGCGCGCGUCGAGGCGGUGUUUGGCGGCUGCAGUACGCCGCUCUGCGCGAAGCUGGUGUUCGACACCGUGAGAAGGUGGACGUCUUACGCGAGUCCGUCAGCACUGCAGACAAACACCGGAGAGUCGAUCAUGGCGUUUUUCGAUAGGAUUGAAUUACAACACGGAAAGGUUCUGGUGCAGCAUGCGUUGUCCUACAUCACGGCUUCUAGGAGCGGUCUGAGUGAGGCCGAGCUCGAAGAUUUACUUUCCCUCGAUGACGAGGUGUUAAACGACGUCUAUCAGUACCAUCUUCCACCGAUGCGACGUAUUCCACCGUCACUAUGGACGCGCAUACAUAACGACAUGGCUGACUAUCUGUCAGCAAGAGAGGCCGACGGUACGACGGUGUUCGCGUGGUAUCAUCGACAGUUCAUGGAGGCAGCCCGCGCAAGAUACUUCAGGAACGUGAACCGCGUGCGGCAGGCGCACUGCACGAUGGCCGAGUACUUCCUCGGCACGUGGGGCGGCGGACGCGCCAAGCCGUUCCGCUACAGCGACGCGCAGCUGCAGCAGUUUGCUCUGGAGAAGCGCAGCGAUGCCGCGGACCGCAUCGUGCCCGCGCAGCCGCUGUUCUACACGAGAGCAGACGGCACCGUCAGCGGGUAUAACAUGAGGAAGUUGAAUGAGCUGCCAUAUCACCUGGUGCGCAGCCAGCAAUUUGAUGAGCUCUACGAGAACUGUCUCUUCUGUUUCCAAUGGCUUCACAGCAAGUUGUCGUGCUGCCCUCUACAGGCCGUACUAGCAGACUUUGACGACACAUACACCUUCAUCAAGGUUAGGUUCUACGUCGACGACGAACUGCAGCUGGUCGUCGAUCCUACAACUAACUUCUUCGAUUAUGGCGGCUGGAACGGUAAGGGCUUGGACAACCCCUGGCAAGGACGCGCCAAGAUGGCGCCCUUCGAUCAACCAUUCUACAUCGUCAUGAACGUAGCAGUUGGCGGCGUUAACGGAUACUUUAACGACGCUUGGACAAACAGCCCGCACCGAAAGCCGUGGAGCAAUGGAUCCGGACAAGCCUUCAAGGAUUUCUACGAUCAGAUCAAUGUAGUUUCGGGGCUCGCACUCGUCGUCUGGGACAUGCUCAGUGGCGCCGUCUGGCAGGUCGUCAAGCCGGGCGUGAUGGGAAUCCUCCAGCAGGUGGCGCUGAGCGGCAGCGAAAAGCACGCGGCGACGUACAGCAACUACAGCGUACUGGUCGUCUGCAACAUCCUGACGGGAGAAUUCUGCACGAGCGCCGUGUCAGACGACGCAGACCCCGUCAGAGGCAUCGCAUUCCACAACGAUGACAUUCUGCUGUGGACCUCUCGUGUCUGGAUGUUCUACAGCAUCGAGGGGCGUCUCCUGUCCAGACACGAAAUACCUGCGUGUCGAGAACUCGAGUAUGUCGACUACGUGUCCUCGGAGGAGCACCAUCUCGUCACGAGGGCUGGCGAACAUAGAGAGAUGCAGCUGGUAACACAUCGAGGCGAUGCCGUCGAGAAGCCGUUCCUGUUUCAUAGCGCGAUGGUCAUGGACAGGGCAAGGACCACGCUGUUCUGUUGCGUCGCCGAGCAACGCUUCACCGUCUGCAGAUUCCGCAGCCGAGGCGACGGUGGCGGCGGCUGGCGGCAGACCGGCUCCCUCGACAACGACGAGCGCGUCUUCUCCAUGACGGUGUCGGCCGACGACAGGUACCUCCUCGUCGCCAUCCUCUCCGGCUACAGAGCGUGGAACCAGCACACUGGCGACGCGCUGCGACUUCUAACGCCAGAGGGCGUCGCGAACAUCCCGCCGCGCGGACUCAACCGGGCCGUCGUCGUGGUAACGCGCAACAAUCAGUACGCAUGCGCGGCCGUGCGCAGCGCCCUCUACGUGUGGGAGUUGCGCGCGGGCGAGCUGCUGCGCACGAUUGAUGUUCACUACGCGCGCGUGCUGCGGCUCGUUGCCAUGACGACGCACGGCGUCAACAAGGUGGCGACAGCGUCGCUCGAUCGCACCGUCAAGUUGAUCAACGUCGAAAACAUCGCUCACCAGUCGUAUCCAAUCGAUCGACUGCGGCGACCCGUCGAGGCUGUCGUCGUCGCCAUGGCGACGGCGUUCACGCGCACGCGCGGAUGCGUCGCCGCCUGGGAUUUAUCAACGGGUCGCGUCCGCGUCAGGCUCGCCGACGGCGGCGUCGUGACGCACGUGGCGACGACGUCCGACGCACGCUACGUCGUCGCCGUGCAGACGGAGCGGCUGCUCGUGUGGGACGCCAGGCGGAGCCACCGUCUCAAGUGCAGGGUUCCCACAGCCGACGUCCUGCAGCUGCUGCUCGUCGAGAGUAGUGUGAUUUUGCUCCUGCAGGGGGCGCCAGGAGACGACGACAGCGUGUCGCCAGGCGUCUGCUGUGGUUUAGAGAUUCCCCGCGGGAGGGCGCUGUUCCGAUUCCACUACGCGUACGCGGCGCACCGCCAGGGGGCGCUCACCGCCGACGGGCUGUUCGUCGUUCUGCUGACGAGCAGGCCGAGCGGUGGCGCCAUCGCGCGGCAGCUGUCAGUCUGGCACACGGCGACGGGGGAGUUUAUCUACGGAGCGAAAACGAGGCUGCAGCUGCGCGCCUGCUCGCUCGUCACCACGCUGCCUCACAGAUCCUGCCAGGUGGCGCUGGUGUUCCCCGACGAGUGCUGCGUGUGGGACGUCGCUCACCGGAGGGCGCUGCAGAGCAUCCCCCGCUGGGACGGCGUCUGCACGAGCGACGGACGCUGGGGUUUGCACGCGCCGAGCUCGGGCGGCCUCGAACUUCUCAACCUCAACACCGGGACGACAGAACUAACACUACUGCGACGAUCUGCCGAGGGAGUUCACCGCACGAGGGCGCUGUUCAGUACGAACGACCGCCAUAUUGUCUACUACAACUCGGGCACGCAGAACAUCCGGGUAUUUCGCGUCGCCGACGGAACGAUGAUCGCCGACUAUAAAUUGCACACGAUCGUAACGGCGAUGGUGGCGGCACCUGACGGCUACUCCAUCGUGCUAGGUGCGGCCGACGGAAGCUUGACAACGCUUACUAUUGCCGAUCCCGCGUACAAGGAUAGCGUUCAGCAUCUAAAAUGCCUGAAGAGUCGAACAUACGUGCCGGACUCUAGUGCGAUUUAGCAUCGUUAU